AUGCACACUGUUUACGAAAACGAGAAUUUGAUUGAAUGUAGCAAUUUUAUGCUGAACAGAAAAGAUAGCCUUGAGGAAUUUUUUGAGGUGAGCGAGAUAAAAGAAGAGACUGAGGAAACAUAUUUGAAUUAUAAUAUAGAAUGUACAUUAAAUAAGAAAAUCGAAGAUAGGAAGAGUAAUGUUACUUAUAGGCGUGAAAUAAUAAAUGAUGAGAAUAUACAAGAGAAUAAGAAAUAUGAAGAGGGUGGUGUUACUGAACCAAUAUCAUUAAAUUAUCCAUCAGAAGAAGAUAUUAAGAAAUCUAAUGAUGUAGUAGAAUUAUUGAAAGGAUAUAAUUUAUUUGAAGAAGAAAGUGGAUUAAAAAAGCGAGAAAAUGUUUUAGGUAUGAUAAAUAAAUUAUUUCAUGAGUUUCUUAUAGAAUUAUCUAUAAAUCAAGGUAUAAGUGAAGAAGAAGCAAAUAAUAUAUCAGGAAAUUUAUAUACAUUUGGUUCUUAUCGUUUAGGUGUAAUUACACCAAAUAGUGAUAUAGAUUGUAUAUUUUUAGCUCCACAAAAUUUAACAAGAGAAAUAUUUUUUAAUGAAUUCUAUUUAAAAUUACAACAAGAUAGAAAUGUAAAAAAAUUACAAGCUUUACCAGAAACAUAUACACCUAUUAUACAAUUUAUGUAUGACGAUGUUGAUAUUGAUUUAUUAUUAGCAACCUUACCAUAUAAAACAUUAAAAGAUUGUUAUUAUUCUUUAGAUAAUGAUCAUAUAUUAAAAAAUUUAGAUGAAGUAACAGUUAGAUCAUUAAACGGUAUUAGAGUUGCUGACUUAAUAUUAAAUUCUGUACCGAAUAAAGAUCAUUUUAGAAAUACAUUAAGAUUUAUAAAACUAUGGGCAAAAAGUAGAGGUAUAUAUAGUAACAUAUUAGGUUUCUUAGGAGGUAUUUCAUGGGCAUUAUUAACAGCAAAAAUUUGUCAGUUAUAUCCAAAUUUUAAUGUUAGUCAAUUAAUAUGUAAAUUUUUUAAAGUAUAUUCUAUAUGGAAUUGGAAAUAUCCAGUACUUUUACAAAAUAUUAAAAAAUAUAAUAUUGAAGGAUUAAAUAAUUUUCCCGUUUGGGAUCCUGAAAAAAAUAUAAAAGAUAAAUUACAUGUCAUGCCUAUAAUUACACCAGCUUUUCCAUGCAUGAAUUCAACACAUAAUGUUACUUAUUGUACACGUAAUAUUUUAAUAGAAGAAUUUAAAAGAGCUCAUUCAAUUAUCCAAUGUAUGGAAGAUGAAAAUAAUAUGAAAUCUUCUAUACCUAUGUAUAAAUUAUGGCCAAAUAAUAAUAAUAGUAAUAAUCUUAAUAAUAAUAGUAAUAAUGUUUGGAUGACUAUUUUAGAACCAUUAGAUUUAUUCAGUACAUAUAAACAUUUCCUACAUAUACAAAUUAUGGGUAUUAAUGAAUUUAUAUAUAAUAGUUGGAAAGGAUGGAUUGAAAGUAAAAUACGUCUCUUAUUCAAAAAAUUAGAAACUAUUAAUGAAUUAAAAAUUAGACCCUUUCCUAAAUUCUAUUUUUAUAAAAAAGAAAAAUUAUAUUAUUGUUCAUCCUUUUUUAUAGCACUUAUAUUUUUUUAUAAAAACCCAUAUGAAAAUACCUUUAACUUAUCAUAUGCUAUUCGUGAUUUUAUUGACAUUGCCUUGAAUUGGCCACAAAAAAUAAAAUACCCAAACGCCUUCAAAAUUAAUAUCAUGUAUCAAAAAAGAUCACAAGUUCUGGAAUUCUUAGAUAUAGUAACAAAAGAAGAAAACCAAAAAAAUAAACAUGUGAUGGAAAAUACGGACAAAGAUCAAAUUGAUCAUAAUCAAAAUGGUUAUAGAAAUAACCAUAAAAAUAAGCAAUUUGAUGAAUACGACGAUCACUUAUUUAAUUGA